GUUGGAAAAACCUAUGCAUAGGAGCGUAGAGCACAGCAGUAUAUGAGCCAGCCCCGGGCUUCAGGCGCAGGAGGCCGAGGGUGUGAGAGUCGCUCGAGGGGCACUACCUCAUCCAUCCUUUGGCUGUCUCGCGUCUGUAGACCGCUGCAAGAGGGGACCCUUAGCGCGUGAUUCUUUCUUUUACACUUCAGCUAGUCCAUUUCGGUUUGCGAGCUACCCCCAACGCAUCUACCCGAGGCCCGGCUGACGCGUAUCCGCCCAACUGCCAGCGACAUAUAAAAGAGGGGCAAGUUGAGUCAGCCCGCGCACCAACCACCUCCCCACCUUCACCCUUUUCUGAGCAACCCGCAUUUGUAUCGUUCCUUAGCUUUACCAUACACCCGUUGUUUCUCUACCACCCCCAUCCCAACCCCCAUCCUUGUCUCUCCAUUAGACCAUGUCUCGACCACAGCCCACCGACUCCUACGACGAGGUGUUUGUCGACUCGGAGCCCAGCGAGCCGGAUGACGAAGCCGAUGAAAAUUACGCCCCCUUUUCAACAGCCAAACUUCUACGACGGUCGAGUAAGCGCCAUUCCAAGCCUAUUGCGAAGGGGAGGAAGAGCGAUGGCCGGCGAGUCGCGAGGGAGGAGACUCGUAGCGAGCCCAAACACGCCCAGAGGGAGAGAUCUACCUCCGACAGUCAUCCUUCUAUCCCACAAGGCCCGUCCACACUCUACAGUCAGACAUACCUCGAAUCCAUCCUCAGACAGGCCAGCAAAGGAGAGGCUUAUCCGCCCCACCCACCCGCCCUCCAGCUGAACGCGGCCAACUAUGAUGACGAGGCGGCUGUGCAGUCAGAUAUGUAUGACUGUCGCCCAAGCUUACAGAUUAACACAGCCGAGCCCAUCAUACGUUCAGCGCCCGUCAGCUCCAUUCCUUCGAGUUCCUCGAACCCUUUACUCAGCAAUCAGAGCCUCUAUGCCUUGCAAGAUGGGCAAUCAGCUCGCGUCCCAGUCCAUCAUCCGAUGGAGACGACCUGGGGCCAAGCAUGGCCUCAGCUGGGUACCCAGGCGGUCGGUGCGCGCUCGAACCCGCUCAGUGUUGAUCUUGCUGCCGAGUCUCUAAAGCGACUCACAAGCUUGCCUUCUCGAAGCAUGUUUCAGCCCAGUAAGAAGGUCAAGGAAGACACGUCCCCAUCUGAAGCCUCUCAAAGCGGAGGGGUGAACCCAAACGAUUUGAAGCUCCCUUCGGGAUCUUCGCCCCUCGAUGGCCCCGGUUCGACUGGCAGUAUGGUGGAUCACUCUGUCAUGCCUGGCUCUCAAGCUAGCGUGGGCUCUGUUUUCUCCAGUCAUCCUCCAGUGUUGGCCGAAGAGGCCUUGCAAAGGCCUCGAUUGUCUUUGCCGCUGCUCUCUCGUGACCCUUCGUCGGAGACCGCCGUUACGCAGAGCGACGACGACUGUUUCGACAUGCAACAGCGCCACCAGCCGUUCGCUUUCUACAACUCUUCUGCAUCGUUGCAACAAUUCUCUCAGCUACAAAAUGCUCUCCUCUCCAAGCCGGUCCACCCGCUCUCUUCCGUCACUUCGACAAACUUUGCUUUCGACUUUCGCCCCUCCACCGCCAACAGCUAUACCUCUUUCGGCCCCUCUGAGGCGAGUUCUCUCGCCGGGCCAGAAUACGCUGCCUCUCCAAUGGCUAGCAUGCCGCUCCACCACGCGACGGGUCAGCACUACAGCCCCUACGGUGUCGUCUCUCAGUCUAUGUCUGGGCGCCCGGCAACCUCUCAUGGGCCGUAUAUGAUGCCGUCCUUCAGCCACCAGAUGGAUCAUUACGCUCCAUCAUUCGCUGCCCCUCUCCCGUCUUGGAUUCAGCCUCGAGUGCAGCAACAGGCUCCAAGUCCUCACAUGAGCCGCCCUCAGACUUCGCUCCCGCUCUCUAGCACUGUCAGCGGUGCCGACUGGCGCCAACGGCUCGGCAAGAGACGUUCUCAAACGCUCCCUCCCGAGCCUACCGCCAUCCCAGGCUCGGGCACCUACUCGGACAUGUAUGGAACGCCCUCUAUGUUUCAAGCACCCUUCCCAAUCGGUGAGAGAAGAAUGUCUUAUCCCGGAUUCGGGGGUGGGGCCAAGUACGGCCAAGGUCUGGGGUGGGCGCCGGAUAUCUUGUCUACGAGCUUCAUGUCUCCCGCAUCGGCUCCAGCUCAAACGCCUGGCCAGUCUCUCAGCUCUGCUUUUGACAAUAGAUCGCAAUCUUUAAGCCAGCAGCAGGCCACGAUACUCCACCCCCCACCCUUCGCCCCUCCCUCUCAUAUCAAGAGGGGUCACCGCCGACCGGUGCCAGGUUCCAAUCAGCAGACAGCCUACCCUCCAUCUUCCCAGCCCUCUGUCAAGCAGGAUCAACCUCGCUCCUUGUCAUUCUCGCAGCCCAAAAUCCCUACAUCUGCCCAGCUUGAUACGCGACGACGAAGCAUGGGCUCGGGCCCAACUCCCAAGAGCGCGCUAGCUCGAGCCGUGUUCUUUGAUGGGCCCGAGAUUACGGAGACUGAGGUGGCGGUCUCAGAGACUGAGAGGGAAGAUGACGAGGGCGAGAGCGAUCAGAAUGACGAUGCCGAGUACGAGGAAAAGUCUGGCCAUGUCAGUUCCUCGUCUGAAGACGAGCCUCUUCGCCUGUCUUCCCGCACUUCUCGAGCGAGCAAUUCCAAGGCAAAGUCCAAGGCCACAUAUUCCUUUUGCAAGCGCAACCGCUCUUCCAAAUCUCGCUCCAAAUCCACCUCUAAUGAGUCUCGCCCCAAGACUCCGAUGGACAUGUCGGAAACGCACAGUCAGAUGGUGUGCGCUUGCCCGUUGAUGCAUAUGGCUAGGCCUGCGGAUGGAGACAAUGCAGAGCCUCAUUUGUGUACCACGAAAGUGACUGCCAAUAGGCUUUUGGUGCAGGGGCACAAGCUGUGUUCCUACUGCAUAGGGCGUGAUGGCCACGUUGAAGAGUAUGUCAAGGAACGCAUCCGCACCAAGACUGUCGACAGACUUUGCUUUAUAUACGUCAUCUACCGCGAACUGAAGAUCGACCAGACCCACGGCGACGGCCAGCGCUGGCAAAAGUACUGGGAACACCACCGACGCGAGCAAGUGGAUGAGGAGUAUGGAAAGAAGAUGAUGGCGUCAUGGAUCGAGAGGAUGGAAACGGAAAAGCGCAACUGGGAAAAGCAUCAAGAGAGAGCUGCGCAAAGGGCGGCUCAAGCUGCCAAAGCUUCCGAAAGCACUCGAGCUGCCAAGGCCAAGGCGGAUGAUGAGGACAAGAUGGACUCUAUGGAGAAGGAGGUCAAGGCGAGGGCAAAGUCGAGGUCUAUUGCGUCUUCUCUCGAGCCCGACCCUGCGGAUUUUGCGAGCAUCCCCGAGCCCAAGUCUGUCUCGGAUAGCGACUCGUCUACCUCCUGCGACGACUGGGCGCCCAACCCUCAUAGCCACUCCUCUACUUCCCUUGCGAUUCCCAAGCGACCUAUCAAGCGAGGACAAAUCAAGUCGAAAGCCCAGCCCCACCGUCCGACACACCGCAGCGUCUCUACGCCAGACCCGGCCAUCAAGGAUUCCACAACCAAGGUCAACAUCCUCAACUCAUCCUCCCCCGACUCUAGGAUUCCGGCAAGCCCUUUGAAGGACAAGUUUUGGAGCAUGCGCAGCGCUGCGGGCCUUGCGGGUGUUGCGGAUGUGGAAAAGUGGGAUGGGAGAGUGAGCUUGUCGCUUACGCCGCCUCCAGUGGAAGAGAGGGUGGAGAGCAAGGAAGUGCGGGACUGGGAUGUGGAUGAGGCUGUAUGGAGGGCGUUAUCAAGCUCGCCUCGGGAUUAGGAUCGCUUUUUCGAAUCACCAUCAUCGCGCUGUGCCUCUUCUGGCAGACUCUACAUUGCCUCUUCUCGCCGCAUUCGUGUAUAUCACCGACUCGCCCUCUCAAGUGGAGUCUCGCAGUCAUUCCCGGACUUCUCAAUCUUCUUUGUGUAAGUUCAGAGUUGUAACUUCUAUGUUUGUUUCGGUGUAUCGCGCGCCACAGUCACCUGUCAAACUGUUUCUUACUGUCUUUUGCUUCUUCGUUCUAUUUCUGAUACCUUGUUCUUUUCUAAAGUAUACCCGGGUCUCGAAAACACGAUUGUUUCGGUUAUAUAUAUCAUUCUUCGCACUGCAGCUUCCAUCCAUUGUCAUGGGGGUUCUCGGAAGCUUCAAGCUGGUCAAAAUUGUCCCAUAACUCAUUGUCUCGAUGUAUUCUCCUGUCUAUC